AUGCAACUCCUCGCAGCCCUUUCGCUCCUUUCACUGUCCGUGAUAUCAGCUGGCGCGUCCAAGCCGACCGUCUCGGCAGCUUGGUACGCCGGCUGGCAUUCGGACGAUUUUCCUCUCUCGUCCGUGAGCUGGAACAAGUACACCCACCUCACAUACUCCUUUGCCGAGACCACGCCCGAUGUUUCCAAGAUAACGCUCAAGGGAUCGGAUCCCAAGUUGCUCCCGACCUUCGUCUCCACGGCCCGCAAGCAUGGCGUCAAAGCGCUUGUCUCCGUCGGCGGAUGGACAGGCUCACGAUGGUACUCCUCCAACGUCGGCAGUGCGAAAAACAGGACCGCCUUCGUCAAGACCAUCGUCGACUUUGCCGAGAAAUAUGACCUUGACGGCAUCGACUUCGACUGGGAAUACCCCGGCACACAAGGUAUCGGCUGCAACACUAUCAGCAAGCACGAUACCGCACACUUCCUGAGCUUCCUCCAAGAGCUACGUGCUGACCCGAAGGGCUCAAAGCUCUUCCUCACCGCCGCAACCUCGCUCUCGCCGUGGGCCGACGCCUCUGGCGACCCCUCGGCCUCCGUCGCCGGCUUCGCCUCCGUGCUUGACUACCUCGCCAUCAUGAACUACGACGUAUGGGGCCCUUGGGCGGACACCGUCGGCCCGAACGCUCCCCUGCGCGACACCUGCGCCCCUGACGAGGCGCAAAUCGGCUCCGCCGAAGACGCGGUGAUAGCGUGGCACGCGGCAGGCAUCCCCAAGAACCAAAUCAUCGUCGGCGUGCCCGGCUACGGCCACUCGUAUCGGGUCAAACCCUCGGAUGCGUUCGUCAACGGCACCCGCGGCUCGGGCAGCGUACUGGCCCUCUAUCCGCCGUUCAACGCUUCGGACAUUCCCAUCGGUGACAAAUGGGACGACGCCGCGGGCAAUGACGAGUGCGGCAACUUCGAGAGCCAGGGCGGUCUCUUCGAUUUCUGGGGCCUGGUGCAGGCCGGUUUCCUCACCUCUCAAGGCAAUCCGGCACCAGGAAUUUCGUACCGCUACGACACGUGCACGCAGACGCCCUAUGUCUACAAUGCGACCUCCGAGGUGAUGGUAUCCUUCGAUAAUGCCCAAUCGUUUGCACAGAAGGGCAAGUUUAUAAAAUCAUCGGGACUGGCAGGUUUCGCGAUGUGGGAAGCCGGAGGCGAUUUCCACGAUAUCCUGUUGGACUCGAUUCGUGGCGCGGCAGGGCUGUGA